AAAACACAAGUUGCGACAAUAAAACCCAAAUUUAAUUGAGUAUGUGAUGAAUGUUGAGUGAACGAAUGAGAGCGGGGUAAGUGGGUGAACGCACGAACGACUAACGGUGGGGAGUGAGUGAGUAGUCCAGUCCGGGGGGAAAAUGAUAACAUGGAUGGAAUUAACGUUUUUGGUGUUCCACUGAAACAUCUCGGAGUCAGACUGAGUGCAGUGGCCGGAACACCCGCUGUAUAAAUGUACCAGAUUGGAGUUUCCUGAAAUCGGCGGGUGGAGAGUCCACUGCUCCAGCGCAGACUAAAGUCACGAGUCACAGAGAGGACUCUACAGUGAAACCAACAGGAACUCAUUCGCUCUGUCCAAAUCAUGGGGUUGCAGCUUUUCAUCAUGACCUGCAGCAUCUUGCUGCUGCUGGCUUCACGAUUCAACGUGGCACAGAGAGACAACCGAGAUGUUUGCUUACUGUUACCAGACCCAGGACCCUGUAAGGCCUUGUUCCAUCACUUUUAUUAUGACAGAUAUACUCAGAAUUGUGAGGAAUUCGAAUAUGGUGGCUGCAAGGGUAAUGCAAAUAACUUUGCAACAUUGGAAGAAUGCAAGAUGCACUGCCGCAGAAUUAAAAAGGUUUCUAAAGUAUGCAGGCUGGAAGCAGAUUCAGGACCAUGCCGUGCUUCCUUUGUGAGAUAUUUCUAUAACUUUACAACAGGACAAUGUGAACAAUUUAUAUUUGGUGGUUGCUUUGGAAAUGAUAAUAAUUUCAACGACAUUUCAUCUUGCCAGAAUGAGUGCAAGCCAAUAUCAGUUUUACCCUCAUUCUGUACCAAGCCCAAUGAUAAGGGAUCUUGUGCAGCUGAUAUCCUGCGGUUUUACUUCAACGAUGAGAAAGGGAUCUGUGAGACAUUCACUUACUCUGGCUGUGGCGGAAAUGACAAUAACUUUAUCACUCUGAAUGCUUGUCAAAAGAUUUGUCAACCACGUGACAGGAAACCAGUGAAAAGCAAAGUUCCUGUGAAACCAGUUUAUAAGACAAUUACAUUAAAAAGCAGAAAGCAGUUUUUAAGAAACCAAAAGAGGAAAAUUUAAAUGUUGACCACUCCUAGCAAGGAGGUCCAAGUCAAAUGUUCUUACAUUUUCCAUCUUGGAUUAAAAUCUGGACUGUAAUCAACAUUUUCUUCAUAUCUUUGAAGAUGAAAAGAGGAUUUACAACCAUUAUCUAAUCUCCCACAGUAGUCUGAGAGUACAGAGCUUUUUUUUUCAGAUUAUGCUUUUGCUGCAUUUAUUAUGGUGUCACUAAUUUUGCUGAAGAGAAUAUUUUAAUGACAAUGGGAAACUAAAGAAAGGAAGGAUUUAAUGGAUCAACUGAUCAUUUGUCAUUCCACUCGUUUUUAUACUGUUCUAGUGGAAUCUGUUUCUUUUAGAUAUCAUACAAUUGAAAUGGAUUAAUUUCAAGCAUAGAAUGCAGUAAAAAAGAUUUUACUUCAAGAUCUGUGCACUCUUCUUUAAUGCUUGUUUAGUUGGAAAAUGUAUUCCUUGUGGUCAAUUUCUUCUUGUCAUCUUUUCUAUGACUUAUUUCCAUUCCUGUAGAAUUAUUAAGUCCUCUCAUAAUUAUCACUUAAAAUUCAAAAGCACCAGCAAUUUCAACUGGUUCACUACAUUUAAAUGGGUGCUAACCUCUACAUUAGGUUCUUUGUGACUAACAGUGAGAGGACUAGAACGUAGAGUUUAAUUCCAUUUCUGAGCACAGAUUUACAAAGGAACCUUGAGCUCUCUUUCAAAAGAAAUAGAGCUCAGAGAAGUUAAAUUACAUUGUUGCUUUAACUAGUUAGAAUCACAUUAAAUCCUAUAAUUGAUUAAAGCAUACUAAAUAAUUUUUAUGGCUUUUUUUUUUUAGCAAUUAUAUACAUAUUAAAUAUGAAGUACUAGAAUUUAUUCUUAAGAAGUGGAGAAAUUUGAUAAUAUCCAAAAACGCUAUCUUAUUGGAAUAAAUUCUGCAUUGCCACUUCCUGUUAUAAGUGCACAGUAGAAAUGGGAAUAUUUAUGUACUGAAGCCUUUUAAAAAAUUAAAAAGAAUGAAUAACAAA